GAAAUUUCGAUCACGUAGAUGCAUGGGCUUAAACUUACGUGUUUUGCUGAGUUUGCACUUUAAAUUUUCCGCUAAGUUUGCGGUCGUUGUAGACUCUUUUAAACUUUUGCUGUUACAUGAUUCUGGUAUUUUAAGUUGGUUGCUCUAUAACGUUUGACUUAACUUUAUAUUACAACAGUCGUUCAUUUAUACAGCAACCUGCGUGCUGAAGGCAAAUGUAAUGUGGGCUGUAAAUUGAACAAGACAUGAAGGAAAUUGUUCUGCUUGUGGUUUUACUAUCAUGGUUGCAAUUAUCUGCAGAAGGAAAGCCCCGACCAGCACGUUGUUCACAGACAUCAGAAAUUGAACUCUAUGACCCCACUGAUCCAGGAGUUAAGACUAUGUGCAGAAUAUGUCCUGAGUGUCCCGAAGGUCAAGGAUUGACCCCACAGUGUGGUAGCAGGGUUCGAAACGACACCAAAAUAGAAUGUAUUCAAUGCCAGGCAAAUGUGUCAUACUCCAACAGCCAUGGCAUAGAAAGUUGCAAGGCUUGCCAUGAAUGUGGUUUAAAGAAUGUGAUUCAGCACUGCUCACCGGACAAAAACCGCAUUUGUGGAACGGAGUGUCCCCAAGGAUAUUUUCUUGAUGACAAUCACAUCUGCCAGGAAUGCUACUUUUGCUGUGGCAGUGUCAGUGAAGCUCAAAGACGUCAAGGGUGCAAAGACAUUGGAAUGAGCAGGGACCGGCAAUGUGAAAAAACUGAGCAAAAUCAGCGCUGUUGGGAGGCCUUGAAAAAAGUGACUACUAAGCCAACACGCCCAAAACCUACUGUUGACACUGCCCCACAUGGUCACGAUACAAUGACUAAAAAACAUUUUCAACCCCAAAGUCAUGAUAAUGCUACCAGUAUAGCACAUCUUCCAACCAAAUCAUUAACUGGAUCAAAAAGUACGCAAGGUGGAAGUACACCUAUCACAAGUCACGUGGGGAAAGUGGCAGUGUCACCCACAAAUGGCGAUUUCAGAAGUGCAACACGAAGAACAAAAAGAGAGAAUAGGCAGAAGGAACAUGGACCUGUAUCUAUAGGAACUGUUAUGGGCGGGGUAGUUUCGGUUAUUGUCAUUAUUUCGGCAUUUGUCCUAGUAACCUCAAAAAAAGGAAUUAGGAAGCACUUUUCAAGGACAAAUAACUCAGAAACAGCAGAUUCUACUGAACGGAUACCACUGUCAACCCGUGAACCUACUGAUUCAGGCAGGACAUCUCCUAUAGGUUUGUUUAGUCAAAGUUGCGUCCUUUUUAUUUCACCAAACAAAUUGGCACUGAGUCAAAGUCUGGAUCACUCAGGAUGGUAAAUGCAUGAAAAUAUCCACCCCAUAACAAUUAGGCCCCAUUAUAAGUGGUGUCAAAAUUGUCCAUAUUAAGCAGGAAUCUGUAUAAACCAUAUGUUGAUAGUCACCUUAUCUGUAAAAGGUCAAGCCUCUUUGGGCAUUCAUGAGAGAAAGCACCUGCAACUGGCAGUCAGACAAUAUCUAUCCUUAAUUAGUAGAAUUCUACUAGUAUACUAAUGCAAAUGCUGUAAU